CCCAGUUGCAUUCCUUUUCCUGAUCAGCUGGGCAAGUCGUAGUGGGGGUUUAAUCCUGAAAGUAGGAGUAAGUAAGGUGGGCAUCGUGUCAUACUAUGUCCACUAAUAACAUGGCAGACCCACGGAGACAGAAUAAGAUUUUUCGCUACAAAGCCCCCAGCACAGAGUCGAACCCCACUAUGGAGGACCCUACACCAGACUACAUGAACCUGCUCGGCAUGAUCUUCAGCAUGUGUGGUCUGAUGCUCAAGCUGAAGUGGUGUGCGUGGAUUGCAGUGUACUGUUCAUUCAUCAGUUUUGCCAACUCGCGCAGCUCGGAAGACACCAAACAGAUGAUGAGCAGUUUCAUGUUGUCCAUCUCAGCCGUAGUAAUGUCAUACCUGCAGAACCCACAGCCCAUGUCUCCGCCCUGGUAGUCCUGGCUCCGGCCUUUAACACUGCCCGGGCCUCUGCAGCGACCACCAAACCAGAGAGGCGCAGAGACGGCCUGCCUGAGAACCAGGAAGCAGAGCAAGAUGGACCACUGACCCUCCAAGAUGCCGGGGAAAGGGGUCAGGCUAGUACAGGAAGUCAGAGUGGACUGGAGGGUUGUGAAGGUGCUGGCCCCCCUAGUGAGCGUUUUGUCUCCAAGGUUGGAUACACACGAUGGACUGCUCUGCUUCAUUUUAAACAUUUGUUUUGAUUUAUUACACUCACACGUCACAUAAUAUAAAAUAAAAAGCGAUUUUUUAACGUCAA